UAAUGAGCCCCAGCCCCCACAUCCUGCCUCUUGUGUCCACUGCAGGGCUUCAGCUCCAGACCCGGUCAGACGGCUGAAGCUUGAGUCAUGUCACUUCAUUCUGAAACUGUGGUGACCCUCGAACGUCUUGUGGACUCUUUUACGAAGCAGGAACCCCGAAAGACAAUCUCACCUUCAGUGCUGUGCCUGGGAUGGACAGUUAAUACUCAGCAAGAAUCUCUGCCAAGACCUUCCAUUUUGGCUGAUCCAGGCCUUGUGAUUCCCCAAGGAAAUUCUGUAAAGUUUAUAUGCACAAGCCCUAGUGAAUAUGAUAUGUUCCGCCUGGAGAAGCAUAGCACAUAUAUAAUGAAUAAGAAGAAUGAUUUUCCUCCUAAAAAACAGGCUAUAUUCCAGCUUGGCCCAGUAAAUGAAGACACUGCUGGAUCUUAUCAGUGUCUCUAUCAAAAAGGUUAUAUGUGGUCCCCACGCAGUGAGCCUCUGGAGCUGAAAGUGACCAAUGAAGAUGUCCCCCACACGUCUGACCCAGUCCCAGGAGUGACCUCAGUCCCUACCCUCCAGAGUUACAAGGUGUGGAAUGGUGUCCGCAUGGCCCUGGCUGGCGUAGUCUUUCUUGUCCUGGGGGCAAUCAUUGGAGAAGCUUUGUACAACCAAUAAAAGUCUAUGGAUAGUUUCAGAACCCAGGAGCACACAACCAAGGGGACUGAGUUUCGUCUUUGUGUCCAAGAAAACCAUAUUGGCCUAUGAGCUCCAUGGAUCUAGACUGUUGUCAAAAACUAGUCUCCAAUUCUUAUGACAAUUGCUAUUCUUUAUUUAGAGUCAGGCAUUUGUAUUGAUGAUUUAAUUAAAUAUGGUUUCAUAGUCAGGCACCUCUUGCAUCUUUUUCCUGGAUCUUUCUUGCCCUUUAGCUCUUUUUCCAUCCAUUAACUUCUUGCCUAUGUUGGUCCUUAAAGAUAAAGUGAGUUUCAUGUUAUAUAUAGAUUUUGCUAUUUAAAAACUGUGGGUUUGAUUCCUCUAUUGCUGGUGGGAGUGCAAACUUGUACAACCACUUUGGAAAUCAAUGUGGCAGUUUCUCAGAAUAAUUGGGAAUAAAUCUACUUCAGGAUAUAGCUAUAUCAUUCUUGGACGUAUACCCAAAGGAUGCUCAAUCACACCACAAGGACACUGACUCAAAUAUGUUCAUAGAAGCUUUAUUUCUAAUACCCAGAACCUAGAAACAAUCUAGAUGUCUCUCAAAAUAUGAGUGAAUAAAGAAAAUGUGGUACAUUUACAUGAUGGAGGAUUACCCAUCUCUUAAAACAAUGACACCAGAAAAUUUUAAGGCAAAUUGAUAAAACUAGAAAAAUAUCAUCCUGAGUGAGAAAAACCAGACUCAUAAACAUAAACAUGGUAUGUACUCACUCAUAAGUGGAUAGUAACUGUAAUGUAAAGGAUAACCUUGCUACAAAUUACAGACUCAGAGAGAUUAGGUAACAGGGAAGGCCCAAGGUGGAUGUGUGAAUCUCCCUGGGAAAAGGAAAAAGAGGAGGUUUCCUGGGCAGAUUAAAGGCAGGUGGGGAUGGGAACUUGAGGUAUCAGGCUGUGGGUAGUUGAAAAGGAAGAGUAGUGAAAGAGAUGUUUGGAAAUGAGGAAUUUUCAGGUUCAGGUAGAAGCUUGAUGCAAGACAGACUCCCAGGAAUCUACAAGGAUGAUCCCAGAAAUAGUAGAGAGGAUGCUAGAACUGGCUAUCCCCGGUGAUCAGAUUGAUGAAUACCAUAGUUAUUUUGUCAGACAGCCUUCAUCCAAUAAAUGAUGGAAACAGUUGCAGGGACUCACAACCAAACAUUAUGCCAAGCACAGAAAAUCCAGCUGAAAAGAGGGAGGAAGAAAUAUAGGAGUCAAAGGAGUCAAGUGCAUCAUAAGAAAACCCAGAGAAACAAUCAGCCUGGCAGUCACAGGGAGCCUGCUUGGGAUCAAACUAAGUCCUUCACAUGUAUGUGACAGUUGUGUAGCUUGGUCUAUUUGUGGUACUGCUAACAAUGGGAACAGGGGCUGUCCCCAACCUAUUCCCCACAGUGGAUUGCCUUUCCCAGUCUAAAUACAAAAAAAGGAGCUUAGUCUUAGGGCAACUUGAUAUGUCAUGCUUUGUUGAUAACUAUUAGAGGCUAACCCCUUUUUCAACAGAAACAGAGGAGGAGUGGAUUGGAGGGGUAGAGGAGAAAUAGAAGGAGGGAAAGGCAGGAGAGGAGGGAGGGGAAACUGCAACCAGGAUGUAAAAUAAAAAAUAAAUUAAAUUAAAAAAAAGAAAAACAACAUAUAUUUUGCAAAGAACUACAGGCAAAGAAGGUGAGAGUGGGAGAAAUGGUCUUCUCCAUGGGGGACCACAUCUGUUAAAAUAAAACCCUUCUGACAAGCAUGGAGGCAAACAUCUUUAAUCCUAGCACACGAGAGUCAGAAUUAGGCAGAUCUCUGUGUAUUCAAGGCUAUCCAGAUCCAAAUAGUGAGUUUUAGGACAACCAGGACUACACAGAGAGGCUCUGUCUUUAAAAAAGAAAAAAAAAUGCCACCUCAAAAUGGAAAACCUAUCUGUUAGUGUGGAUGAGUUUAGGCAUCAACUCACCCAUUUUUGCUCAGCAUUUUGGUUUGUCCUCUUAUACCUGAAGGAAAUCAAGAACUUAACUCUCUAAAUUGGUAGUAAAGGGAACAUGGGAGAGGGUAGAAGGGGAGGGGAGAGGAAGGAAGUGGAGCAGAGAAAAAUAUAUAUACCAAUAAAAACAAUUUAAAAACUUUAAAUAUAACUUUGAGCAGUGUCUGAUACAAUGGGAAACCCAUGACUGGUGCUGCUGAUUGUCCAUUAAUACAUUUAUCUCGAUAGCUGGGGCCAAUAUGUGAAGCUGCUUCACAUUUAUGAAUAAUGAUGUUUUGCCAGAUCAUUAUAAUGUACUGCAAUAUGGCAGAUGUCAAAAUAGCCUCUAUAGUGAAUGUUUUUAAUAGAUCACAUCUUAGGACAGGUGUCUGCCACAUGGGAGAGACGAAAAAGAAUCAUUUCCCCUACAAGGUCAGCAGAGGCAGCACAGUUACAGCACAGCACUCCAUACCCAAUAAGACAAAACUCACCAUGGAACUUUCACUACAAGCCAAGCAGCAACCUUUAGAAAAGCCAUAUUGCAAGGUAUAUCACUAAAUAGAAACAACUCAGUAAACGUAUUUUCAUAAAGGAAAAAAAAAAGAACUUAACUCUCAUGUUGAAAUAUACUCUGAAACUACCAUCACCAGUUGUAGCAAUUGUAACUCCCGUGAUGACUUGGUGGCUUUUAUUGUGAUAUUAUGAAUUUUAUCUUUCCAUAGCUUCGAUUUAAAAGUGUUUUAAAUGUUAUCAGUAUCAACAUUCCUGAUUCUGCUUGGUUUUACUUGAAUAAAAUAUCUUUUGUGA